AGAUGACUAGCCUUGUUUACAAGGAAGUUUAUAUAAACACAAUAAAAAAUCUCCAAAAGAUUUGGUAGUUUGGUAGUAAUGAAUAACACAUGGUUCCAUAUCUUUUGAGCAAGUAUAUUAAGAGAAGCCUCCCAUACGGACCCUAAUGUACAAGGCUACAAAAUAGACACAGAGAGAAGAGAGGGAGCUUCUGCUUGCUUGGUGUUUUGAAUAUAUACAUACAUAUUUUCUUAUAAGCAGGGUUCUGGUAAUUGAUAGAUCAAUGUUGUCAACUGAACUGUCUUCUGUUUAUCAAAGUUUCUGCGAUGGAGCCGGCGUUCUCGGGAAUAUCUUUGCCUUUGGGUUGUAUCUGUCACCACUGUCAACAUUCAAUAGAAUUAUCAGAAACAGGUCAACAGAACAAUUUUCUGGAAUGCCUUACAUAUAUGGACUUUUGAAUUGCUUGAUAUGUUGCUGGUAUGGAAUGCCUAUAGUGAAGAAUGGCAUUAUACUGGUGGCUACAGUCAAUUCAGUUGGGACUGUUUUCCAGUUAGUCUACUUGUGCAUUUUCAUUUCUUACGCCGAAAGAGCGCUUAAGAUGAAGAUGUUGGCAUUGUUAAUCGCAGUUUUCGUUCUAUUUGUGUCCAUUGUCGUUGUCAGCUUAAGUCUUUUCGACUACAAUGGGAGGCAAUUAUUUGUUGGAUACUUGAGUAUUGCUUCACUUAUUUUCAUGUAUGGUUCGCCAUUGAUUGUCAUAAAUUUGGUGAUCAAAACAAAAAGCGUUGAGUUCAUGCCAUUUAAUCUUUCUUUUGCAACUUUCUUAGUGAGUUUCUCCUUCACUGCCUAUGGAGUGUUCAAGAUGGACCCUUUUCUAUAUAUGCCAAAUGGUAUUGGAACAAUGUUAGCCCUUGUACAGUUGGUUCUGUACUGCCGCUACAAAAAUCCAUCUGAAGAAGACGCGGUAGAAGAAGAAGAAGAACCAUUGCUAGCUACACAUCCGUGACCGAAUUUCCUUUGGAGAAAUGCUUGACCUUCAGUACAAAAUUUACUUGGAGAAAUUCAUCAAUUUCUUCAAACUAUACGCCGUUGGAUAUAAAUUGUUACAUUGACAGAAGAGUAUUCUCAAAGGAUGCAAAUCCUUUUAAUUCUUGGUGUGUAAUAUGUUACUUAAAUAUUUACCAAAGUUACUGCCUUUUUUUUCUUUUCAAAGUGACAUUUCCUUAGAGCCUAACUGGAAAAUGAGGGUUUUCCUGCUGCUUAAUAGACAAUAGCAGGCAUCAUGUACAGAGAUAUAUAUAUUUUUCAAAUGGAGAAAGAUUAGGUGA